AUGGGAUUCAUCAGCGGCAUGAUCGUUGGUAUCGCCAUUGGUAUCGGAUUGAUCAUCGCUUUCGCUCGUCAUGAAAGCGUCCGAUCCAAGCAUCGCUCCAAUUUGGCGAAGAUUGUAGCAGAGUUGGCGAGGAUGACGGUGGAGGACUCCAGAAAACUUCUACCUCAAAAGUUCUAUCCCUCAUGGGUGGUCUUCACUCGGAGACAGAAGUUGAGUUCAUAUAAUUGCCUUAAUAGCCUACUGAACAAGAUUUGGCCUUUUGUUAAUGAGGCAGCGUCAGGGUUGAUAAAAAGCAGUGUGGAACCCAUUCUUGAACAAUAUAGGCCAAUUAUUUUGUCUUCUCUCACCUUCUCCAAGUUGACCCUUGGUACUGUGGCUCCACAAUUUACAGGAGUUUCAAUCGUUGAAGAGGAUAGUGGGCCUGAUGGGGUGACUAUGGAGCUAGAAAUGCAGUGGGAUGGUAACCCGAAUAUCGUUCUUGACAUUAAAACCAGAGUUGGUGUUGUACUUCCCGUACAGGUAAAAAAUAUUGGAUUCACUGGGGUUUUCAGGUUGAUCUUCAAACCACUAGUGAAUGAGUUCCCUGCUUUUGGAGCUGUUUGUUUUUCCCUGAGAGAAAAGAAAGAUCUUGAUUUUACUCUUAAGGUUAUUGGUGGGGAUAUAUCAGCUUUACCGGGGAUAUCAGAUGCUAUAGAGGAAACAAUUAAAGAUGCCAUUGAAGAUUCUAUAACUUGGCCAGUGCGCAAAAUUAUACCAAUUCUACCUGGGGAUUACAGUAAUCUAGAGUUGAAACCGGUUGGAACACUAGACGUAAAACUAGUGCAAGCAAAGAACUUAGCAAAUAAAGAUGUGAUUGGGAAAUCCGAUCCUUUUGCUGUCUUAUUUGUACGUCCACUUCGUGACAGAACCAAAACCAGUAAAACAAUUAAUAACCAGUUGAAUCCAGUAUGGAAUGAGCACUUUGAGUUCACUAUUGAAGAUGCGUCAACGCAGCACUUGACCAUAAGAAUUUUCGAUGAUGAAGGCAUUCAGGCUGCAGAGCUUAUUGGCUGUGCCCAAGUUGCUCUAAAGGACCUUGAACCUGGUAAAGUCAAGGAUGUUUGGUUGAAAUUGGUUAAGGAUUUGGAGGUUCACAGAGACAAUAAAUACAGGGGUGAGGUGCAAUUGGAGCUUUUGUACUGCCCAUAUGGAGUUGACAACACCUUCAAGAAUCCUUUUGACCCUGAUUACUCAUUAACCACGUUCGAGAAAACCCUCAAGAGUGGAGCAGAAGUCGCGGAGGCCGAGGAUCUUACUGGGUCAUCAUCAAGGAAGAGAAGCAACGUGAUUGUAAGAGGGGUUCUAUCUGUGACGGUGAUUUCAGCCGAAGAUUUGCCAGUAGCAGACUUAAUGGGCAAAGCUGAUCCAUUUGUCAUCCUUAUGUUGAAAAAAUCAGAAAAAAAGCUCAAGACCAGAGUUGUAAAUGAAUCCCUCAACCCAGUUUGGAAUCAAACAUUCGACUUUGUUGUGGAGGAUGGCUUACAUGAAAUGUUAACUGUUGAAGUCUGGGAUCAUGAUACGUUUGGCAAGGAAAAACUUGGAAGAGUGAUCCUGACAUUGACUAAGGUCAUCUUGGAGGGAGAAUACAAUGAAACUUUUCCGCUAGAUGGAGCUAAAUCCGGAAAUAUCACUUUACAUUUGAGGUGGACACCACAGCACAAAUUCAGGGAUCCUUAG